AUUCGAAUAAAGUUUUCUACGCUGGAAAAAAUAUUUUUCCAUUUAAUGCUAAGAUUGAAAGUUUGAGCGAUAAGUUUAGACAUGGAAUAACUGAGACUCCUGUUGAGUUAGAAGAAUUUUCGCAAUUGGAUGAGGAUUUUGAAUUAAUUCGAACGGGUGACGAACAUUUUGUGUUGUUGAGUGUCAGCAAAAGAAAAUUGUGCGGUUGGGGCUUCAACUCACAUCAUCAACUGGCUAUGAUCGACUCCUACAAAGUUCUUCGAGCUCCAGAUGUUUUCUUCGAGACGGAAGACGACGAAACAAUUAAGUUUAUUGAAUGUGGAAAGCUAUCAACAUGUGUUGUAACCGAGUUCAACGAUCUUUUCAUUGUUGGAAAAUUCGGGUCUAUGACAAUUUCUACUUUUACAAAGAUUCGUCAACCUAUCGCGAACACAAACAUAUCUCAACUUUAUUUAUCGGAUGACGAUGAAAUUUAUCUCGUUACUGAAAGUGGUUUGGUUUUCAAGUCGAAUGACUUUCGAAACAUUAUGGAGCUUCAAUUUGACGAGUUUAAGUUUUCAAAUCUUGAUGAGAAAAUUUUGAAAAUUGCACCAGGAGAGAAUUUUGCUUCAAUCAUAACAGAAAGCGGACGCUGCUUUUCAUUACUUAAAAGAGAAAAAACUUUGAUUGAGUCUUCAAAGUUAAAAAACCUUCGAGUUGUUGAUGUGAAUGCAGGUUCACAACAUGUUGUGGUUUCUGCAUUCCGUCGAAUUAAAGAUAUGAAUGGAAAUCAUGAAACUUUGCUCAAUCAAACUUACACAAUCAAUUUCAAACCUAUCAAGGGUGUAGGAAGCGGCGAAGAAAACUAUCAAGAGCCAGACACUGGAGAAAACUUAAGACCAGCAUUGAAUUCUGAAAAUAUUUCUCGAUUUGAAAACGAAGAUAAAGUUUCUUUACUCGACUUGGAAGAGUCUCCACGUAACAUUGGAUCACGAGCGACUACACUUGAAU